UUACUGAAAUGGGACUUUGACGCGCCAACUAAGGAUCACGUUCAACAACUCAACACCCUCUUCCAAGCCGCUGGUGCUUCACCCGAUCUGCAUUCUUCUCUCUUCCACACCGACUUCAAGCAACAUAUCAAGGCUGUGGAUAUUCUCACGCGUUUAUUGGAAGGCGGUUGGUCUUCAGUCGAUGGCGACAUGGCAACACGUGCCAACCUGGAUCUCAUUCUCCGAUGGAUGGUUCUGCGAUUCUUUGAAACCAGCCCUGCUUUCCUUGCUCGCGGGUUGGAGUACCUCCUGAAAGUAUUCUCCAGGAUGUCUGAUGCGGAGCAGCAGUUGACUGAGCAUGAGGCAUCGGCUUUCUUGCCUUAUCUGGUCAUGAAGGUGGGAGACUCAAAAGAGAAUAUUCGGAGGGAUAUUCGAGCCAUAUUCAGAGUUAUGACGAGUAUUUAUCCACCCGAGAAGCUGUACACAUACCUUAUAGGUGGACUCAAAUCAAAGGUUAAUAAGGCUCGACAAGAAUGCCUUGAUGAGAUCGGAAGUAUGAUCGACCACUUCGGCCUGAAUGUCUGCCAACCUUCACCAGCUGUGUCUCUCAAGACCCUAGCAGCUCAGAUCAGUGACCGUGAUUCAGGUGUGCGAACAGCAGCUCUAAAUGCCUUGGUCUGUGUAUACGCCAUUGUGGGCGAACCCCUCUGGAAAAUGCUUGGUCAAAUGCCUGAGAAGGAGAGGUCCAUGUUGGAAGAGAGGAUCAAGAGAUCUGGACGUCCGAACGCAACAACUGCUGGUGCUCUCAAUGCCACUCCAGUAGCUUCUAAGAGGUCGGUGUCAGAAAAACCGACAAAUCGAAGGCGUGGAGCAUCAGCUCGAGAAACUCAAGCGUCACUAGCUCCACAGCAGGUUCCAGUGACGCCUUACGGGGGCGAAGGAGGAGUCAGAGGGGGUCCGCAGUCGGUUCACGCCGUCGCCUACGCUCGAGCUCAACAUCUGCUUAGUGGUCUUGGGGAUCUAGACCCCGAGCAACCCUCUGAAAUGCCUAAUCUCCUUCAAUUUGAUAGAGAUAUUAAUGAACUCUUCAAACCCAUCAAAAUCCCCGAACUGAAGACGCGAGACAAGCAGACGGUGCUGAACUGUCUCCUCCGAACCAGUCCGGAUGCAGCUUCUGCCAUCACCAUGGUAGUGACCCAAGUUUCUUCCAAUGAUCUCAAUUCUUGCUGCUAUGCCUUGAGUCAGCUUGAUACCUUAUUACAGAGUGACAAGUGGCAACUCCUAGUUGGUCACAUCAAUCAGCUUAUCACUCUCAUUACAAUUCAAUUACGACAGACCAACUCUCGUUUCUUCGAUGAUCCAACUAUCUCGGAGGGUGAAUUAUCCACUGUCCUGAAGUGCCUCUUGGCCACUAUUGAGUCGGUCUUCAAGCGACCCCUUUUGGCACGAGAAGCAUCGCGUGAAUCGCUGAAAGAGUUUCUCUUUGCCUCCUUGAAUCUGAUGGUCCACGAUAAGACUGCUGAGUUGCCUGAAGGAAGUGGAAUCAUUAGGGCCAUUAAUGCAAUAACUCUUCUUGUUAUCAUGGAGUCAAAUAGUACUCGCGUUCUUGGUGCCUUUAUCCGUCUGUUACAUGAGGGUGUAAGCAGUGGACACUUUACCAAUCGAUUCUCUACUGUCGUUCUACGAGGUCUCUGGAAAAUUACUAAAGCCCUACCCGAAACAGCCAACAACUAUUCAUUGGAUCAGGUUCUUCUUGAUUGUCAUAACUUCCUUAAAGCGUUUCCAUCUCCUUCCUGGAAAACAAGGAAAUCGGAUCUCCCCCUUCGAACUAUCAAAACUAUGCUCCAUUCCUUCUGUUGUGCUCGAGGACCUGCGGUCCUCAAAUUUGUUGAUAUGAUUCCGAAUAAGGAUGAAUCAGAGUUGGAAACCUACAUGAAACGAACUUUAAAGACUCUCGCCUCUGAAAAUGGUGGUAAGCUACCACCGGCACUUCAAACUACUCCAAAGCAGUCCAGCACUCCUCCGAAGACUGCUGUGUUGAGCGCAGACACCCAAUCUAGGUUAACUUCUCUCAUCACCAAGAUCACUUCCUCUCGCGAUGAAUCUUAUAUUGAGGAGCUCUUUGAUUUGACUUCUCCUUACCCUGAUCUGGACCUCCAACCUUAUUUGGCCAACUCUACACCCUUCUUCCAAACCUACAUUCGACAGGCCCUCUUCAAUGUUGGUCUCAAACGUGCUCGAGCUAAAUCCAAGCAGGGUUCUAAUGUCGCAACGAUUAACGGAAUUAAGAAUGAUCAACUCUCUCUGAGCUCAAAAGAUUUGGACCAGCAGUCAAUGAAUCCGAAGUUCUUUAUGGACCGACUGGCAUCCAUACGGAAGGAAUUGGGUCUUGAAUCCAUCGGAGCCAAUGAUGGAGAUAAUAGCCAGGAUGUGGAUGCGGAUGGCCGUAUAUCGUCGGGAUUUUAUGGAAAUACUGUCAUGGACUUUACCACUAAGGAGGGUGGUCAGGUAAAGGGAGAAGCCAGUGCCUCAGAUGGUACUAGUUCUAAUCCGCAGCAUGGCGAAAGUGGUGGAAUAUCCCACACCGACCUGAACGACAUUCGAAAACGUCUGGAGGCCAUUAAGAGCGCUCAAAUGAGGGGCUAG